AAGAAGACGAGCAUUUACUGUCUGGCCGCUCUGCUCCUCUCUGUUGUUCUCCCUCCCUCCCUCCCUCCCUGCAUUUUUCCCAGGCUGAGGCGUCCAUGGACCCUCUGGCUCUGCUGCUUUCGUCAGUGACUUGGAGCGCUCUGAGAACUUUGUGAACUGUUGGAGUCGGAAGGGAGAGAAAAGGAAGCAGUAGAUGGGACGCAGCCUGGCAGAAGCAGCAGGCUCCUCUGGAGACGGCAUCAGAACUCUCAUCUGGAAACAAUCCCCCGGGUCAUGAUCAGGCAGCGCCUCAACCUUUUCACCUUUUUGGCUCUGCUGGAACUCCUUGUGGGACUUGCAGACCUCACUUAUGGCUUUGCUGGUGAGGAUGAGGAUUACUACAUACAGGAACUGCUGACAAGAGAACAGUACAACCAGGUCCAACAAGAAGAGAAGGUUAUGGCCUCGAUACCUGACAGGCAUGAGCACCAGAGCCAAACCCCCACAGAGAAUCUGCCAAAGGGAACGGGCAGCGGCAGACAGACGGAUAAAAACGCUGAUGCAAAAUCAGCAAAAUCAUCCAACAAAAAGGCAGAGAAGGCCAAGAAGAGCACCCUGAAAACACCAAACAGCAUCUCAGAAGGAGAAGGACAAUACAACUCUGUGAAAGAAGAAUGCCCUCCUAUGGGACUGGAAACACUGAAGAUUGAUGAUUUCCAGCUCCACGCGUCCACAAUAAAGCGCUACGGCCUGGGCGCGCACAGAGGUCGUCUCAACAUUCAGGCUGGUAUUUAUGAAGAUGACCUCUAUGAUGGGGCCUGGUGUGCCGGGAGAGAUGACCCACUGCAGUGGUUCGAGGUGGAUGCCAGGAGGUUAACCAAGUUCACAGGGGUCAUCACACAAGGCAGAAGUUCUCUUUGGUCGAGUGACUGGGUGACCUCCUACAAGGUCAUGGUUAGCAACGACAGCCACACCUGGAUCACAGUGAAGAAUGGCUCCAAGGACUUGAUCUUCAGGGGCAACAGAGAAAAGGAGAUCCCUGUCAGAAACAUGUUCCCUACACCUCUGGUGGCCCGGUACAUUCGAGUCAACCCUCAGUCUUGGUUUAACAGCGGCAGCAUCUGUAUGAGAGUGGAGAUCCUUGGCUGUCCUAUGCCAGACCCUAAUAACUAUUACCACCGACGUAAUGAAGUCAUAACAACAGACGACCUGGACUUUAAACAUCACAGCUAUAAAGAAAUGAGGCAGCUUAUGAAGGUGGUUAAUGAAAAGUGCCCCAACAUCACUCGGAUCUAUAACAUAGGAAAGAGCCACAACGGUCUUAAGCUGUACGCCAUAGAGAUUUCCGACAAUCCUGGAGAGCAUGAAAUUGGCGAACCGGAGUUUCGUUACACAGCGGGUUCCCAUGGUAACGAGGUACUGGGACGGGAGCUGCUCCUCCUCCUCAUGCAGUUCAUGUGUCAGGAGUAUCUUUCUGGCAACCAGCGAAUAUGUCACCUGGUGGAGGAGACCAGAAUCCAUCUACUGCCAUCGGUCAACCCUGAUGGGUACGAGAAAGCAUUUGAAGUGGGUUCAGAGCUCAUUGGCUGGUCUUUGGGGCGAUGGAGUGAGGAUGGAAUGGACAUCCACCAUAACUUCCCAGAUCUAAACUCCAUACUUUGGGAUGCUGAGGCCAAGAAGUGGAUCCCUCGCAAAAUGCUCAACCACCAUGUGCCCAUUCCAGAGUGGUACCAGACCAAGAAUGCCUCAGUUGCAGUGGAGACGCGGGCACUUAUAGCAUGGAUGGAGAAGAUGCCCUUUGUGUUAGGGGGUAACCUCCAGGGAGGCGAGCUGGUGGUGACCUUCCCGUACGAUAAAACCCGCUCCCUCGGGGUUGCCAGGGAGCAGACUCCUACCCCCGAUGACCACGUGUUUCGCUGGCUGGCCUUCUCCUACGCAUCCACCCACCGCCUAAUGACUGACGCCAACCGACGGGUUUGCCACAUGGAAGACUUCGCCAAGGAGGACGGCACCAUCAAUGGGGCGUCGUGGCACACGGCGGCUGGCAGUAUGAAUGAUUUCAGCUAUUUGCACACCAACUGCUUUGAGUUGUCAAUGUACGUGGGUUGUGACAAAUUCCCUCAUGAGAGCGAGCUGCCUGAAGAGUGGGAGAACAAUCGUGAGUCUCUUCUCGUCUUCAUGGAGCAGGUGCAUCGUGGGAUCAAGGGCAUAGUCAAAGACCUCCAAGGUCAUGGAAUAGCCAACGCCAUUAUCUCGGUGGAGGGAAUCAACCACGACAUUCGAACAGCUGCUGACGGUGAUUAUUGGCGCCUGCUGAACCCCGGAGAGUACCGCGUGACCGCCAGAGCUCAGGGCUACAGCCUCACAACUAAGAAGUGUGAAGUAGGGUACGAGAUGGGUGCCACCAGGUGCGACUUCACCAUCAGCCGCACCAACAUGUCACGCAUCAAAGAAAUCAUGGAAAAAUUCAACAAGCAGCCAAUCAGGCUGCCCGUCAGGCCGCUACAAGCUCGCAGGUCCAGACAAAGACGCCUGGGAACAUAAUGACUCCAAAAGCAACUCCUCAGACUGAGUUGAAAACCAAUCCUCAUUUCGGACCAUUUCCUCCACAGUGCUGUCAGUGGAUGUUUUUAAAGAAUUCUUUUUUUAUUAUUAUUAUUUAAACAAAACAGUUUAUUUGUUUUGUGUUUUGUCCCCAGACAUAAGCUCUCACUUCUUAAUCCACUGUUGCUAUUUCAAAGUAUUUAAUUUUUCAGAGGAGGUGAUUACAUUUAUGAGCCACAUUUAUAAUUUUAUUACAAAAAAAAACAAAUGCUUUAGUCACACCAGGAAAAUCAGUGGUUGGAGACUGCAACGUGACUGUGUGCAAUCAGCUUGCUAUCACGUUGCAACUGCAAAUCCCUCAAAUGGGCAUGUCAAAGAUGGCAAUCAGGUCUGCGACCAUCUGCAGUCAGAUGGCAAUAAAAUGGCCACAAGACAAUCUGACGAUGAGUCGCCUACUAUGGGUGUGACAGUGAACGGGGCCAAGUUGGCAAUUACAUGCCAUCAGUAUGCAAUAAUAUGGUGAAUGACUGAGAAACAGGGGAAUAGUGCAAAUCUGUUGCCAUCUACACACAA